AUGCCGCUUGCUAGGAUAGAGCCGCCUCUAUCGAAGGACAUCCUGCGGAAUACGACAUACAGUUCUCAAGCCCCCGAAGGUUACCAGAGUACCUUUAGGAUGGUAUCGAAUAACAUCGAUCAUAUGAAGACGGACUAUCCGGAGGGCAUGCACUGCUUCACCACGCUGCCGCAACCCAUCACGGACGAAGUCGAGAACGACGGGUAUGCCGAGUGCUACUGCACAGGCUGGUUCAAGCGCAAGGUCCUUUCCACGCCAGGAUUCCCAUCGCGCGUCGUGAGACCUCGCAGACUCGUGUACGAGAUUCGCAACGUUGCUGGUCGUGGGUUCGGAGUUUUUGCUACUGAGGAUAUCGCACCGGGCGAUCUUAUCAUGGCCGAACGACCGCUCCUUGUGGCGAUGGUAUGGACCGCUGGCUACCGUGUUCCAGGCGACAACGUCACCCAGGAGCAGUUGCUAAGAGGCGUGUACAUCGACAUGGAGAAGAGCACAGCGACGGCCUGUGCGCGAAUGUCGCCCAAGAAUCUCAAGGCGUACAAGUCGCUUCAUAACAGCCACAAGACAGACGGUUCCGGGCCUUUCUCUGGUAUCCACCGCACGAACGGCUUUGACGUCGAGGUCGAUGAUCCUGAAGGCGUGAAGCUCGGUGGCCCAGGCAAGGGGCACUACUCAUGUGUGGGUGCCAAAGCUUCGAGGCUCAAUCAUGAUUGCUCGCCAAACGCCAUCCAUCGCUUUAACAUGCCAGCCUUCUCGAUGUCGAUCUACGCUGUCCGCCCCAUCGCGAAGGGAGAGGAGAUAACCGUGAGCUACACCGGUGUCACCGACGAUUCGGCCUCACGCCAGGAAUCUCUCAAACCAUACGAGUUCACCUGCGUUUGUCUCGCAUGCAAGGACCCCGCAACCUCGGAUAAGGAGCGCAAGAGAGUUCUCGAGGGACUCUUGCCCAAGACGUCGCAAGGCGUUGAGCACGCAGACCGGACACUUGCCACGUUUGAGGCCACCGGGCUACAGUGCCACCCACGCUAUCUCGAUCUCCUGCGCCGCGUCGCGCAGAUCAACCGCAAGAAAGGGAAGCCCGAGCGCGCGGGUGCGCUGGACGCGGUCGCAGACAGGCUUGCUAAAGUGAUGAGGACGAAGGACGAGGCUCCUGAUCCAGACGUCAUGAAAGCUUUAGGCAUCGACAUGCAGACCUUCAAAACGCCGGAGGAGGUGAUGAAGUUCAUGCAGAGCCGUACUGGGCCGGGCACUGGGCAUCAUGUGAGCGUGCAAGCGGUGCAGAACCUCAUGAAGACCAUGUCAGUCAAGACAUAG